AUGGACCGGUUUGCUGACUCUGGAACUCAGACUGAGGCCGUGGUGGUUUUGUCUCUGGCCCAAGCGGCAGUCCUGGGCUUGGUGGCUGAGAACGAGUGGUUCGGGGCCACGGCCAGUCCCGGAGGCUUCUUCCCGGGCAUUGCCAAUGAGCUGGAGGACGCGGCAGCUGUGGAGCCGGGGCAGCCGGGCGGGGACUGUCCCCAGGAGUGCGAGGGCCGAGGCCAGGCAGACCUGCCCGAGGAGGAGGGCCUGGAGGCCGAGGCGCUGUUCGGCAAGCAGGCCCGGAGGAGGAAGCGGCCCCCUGUGAGGUUAGUGCCCAAAGUCAAGCACGAAAAAAGUGAGGUGGAGCAGAGCGAGGGGCCCCCCGGGACGGCUGCCCCAAGCGAGGACAGAGAAGAGCAGCCCCCCAACCCUCCUGCAUGCGUGGAGGAGCCUGACCCUGAGCAGGCCGUCCAGAGCAGUGCCGCAAAAAUGAUCGACCUCAGCACGUACAGCCGCAAGCCGCGGCGCCUCCGGCACCCGCGAAGGCCCCCUCGUCAUGAGCUCUCCCCUGGGGAGAUGAAGGAGAGCCUUCCCAGCCCCCCUCCGGCCAGCGGCCCAGAGAGCGUGGAGGCCCUGCCCAGCGACUACGGCUUCCAGGGGCCCCCCGUGUCAGCCUUGAGCCACGCGGAGGAGGAGCGGGGGCUGGACUCACCCCCGGAGCGGGACCAGAACAGGCCGGGCUUUGCGUGGCCGGAGCCCCUGGAUUUCGAGUCGGAGGCUCACGGUGAGCACAGCAAAAAGGCCCAGCUGGACCGGCUGGACAUCAACGUGCAGAUCGACGACUCGUACCUGGUGGAGAAGCGCUGGCAGUGCCGCCUGUGCGAGAAGUCGUACACCUCCAAGUACAACCUGGUGACGCACAUCCUGGGCCACAACGGCGUCAAGCCCCACUCCUGCCCGCACUGCAGCAAGCUCUUCAAGCAGCCCAGCCACCUGCAGACACACCUGCUCACCCACCAGGGCACCCGGCCCCACAAGUGCCAGGUGUGCCACAAAGCCUUCACCCAGACCAGCCACCUCAAGCGCCACAUGCUCCUCCACUCCGACGUCAAGCCCUACAGCUGCCGCUUCUGUGGCCGGGGCUUCGCCUACCCCAGCGAGCUGAAGGCCCACGAGGGCAAGCACGAGAGCGGGCGCUGCCACGUGUGUGUGGAGUGCGGCCUGGACUUCUCCACCCUCCCCCAGCUCAAGCGCCACCUGGCCACCCACCAGGGGCCCACCCUCUACCCCUGCCCCGAGUGCAGCAAAGCCUUCCACUACCGCAGCCAGCUGCAGAACCACAUGCUCAAGCACCAGGACGUCCGCCCCUUCGUCUGCACUGAGUGCGGCAUGGAGUUCAGCCAGAUCCACCACCUCAAGCAGCACUCGCUGACCCACAAGGGUGUGAAAGAAUUCAAGUGUGAAGUGUGUGGCCGAGAGUUCACGCUGCAGGCAAACAUGAAGCGGCACAUGCUGAUCCACACCAGCGUGCGCCCCUACCAGUGCCACAUCUGCUUCAAGACCUUUGUGCAGAAGCAGACGCUCAAGACCCACAUGAUUGUGCAUUCGCCUGUCAAGCCUUUUAAGUGCAAGGUGUGCGGGAAAUCUUUCAACCGCAUGUACAACCUCCUGGGCCACAUGCACUUACACGCAGGCAGCAAGCCCUUCAAGUGCCCUUACUGCUCCAGCAAGUUCAACCUGAAGGGGAACCUCAGUCGCCACAUGAAGGUCAAGCAUGGGGUGAUGGACGUCAGUCUGGACAGCCAAGAUGCCAUGCUGGAGCUGACGGGUGGGGACCACGCAGACCUGGAUGGGUCGCAGGAGAUGGAGGACUACGAGGAGGAGGAGAAUACCUACGAAUAUGGCGUGGGGGGGAACCCCACGAAUGAGUCGGCCUUGGCAGAGCAGGCCAUGAAGGAGAUGGCCUAUUACAGCAUGCUGUAG